AUGAUCAUCAACAGGAACAACAGCAGGGAGAGCAGCAGCAGCAACAGCAGCAGCAGCUGCACCAGCAGCAGCAGCAGCAGCAGCAGCAUCGUUAUCACCGCCAUCUCCCUUCCCAGCAGCAUCAACAGCAGCAACAGCAGCACCAGCAGCAAAGCAGCAGCAGCAGCAGCAGCAGCAACAGCAGCAGCAGCAGCAGCAGCAGCAGCAGCAGCAGCAGCAUCGUUAUCACCGCCAUCUUCCUUCCCAUAA